AUGCACGUAGCCUUUUUGUUACUGUUUAUCGUACAUUUAGUACAAGAAGAAAAAGAGAGUACCUUAUCAUUUCAAAUUUUGCACUAUUCUUUUAUCUAUUACUCUUCUUUGAUUUAUACGCCAGUAAUAUAUUCUGCUUUGCUAACAUAUUACGAAAUAGCAACAGGAGACCGCACUUUUAUUACUCAAAAUUCAAAUGAGGUUUUUUUGAUAAUUUCGUGCACUAUAAAUCUCUCGAUGAGCAUAUUAAUGAAAUUAGUGCAUUUAUAUUUUUCCGAAUCGCCAACCCUAAUCGGAGAUAACAACGUUAUAGUUUUAGAAAGUUCAAUGAUAUUUAAUGUAAUCAAGGAAAUUUUAAUGUUACUUUCGGUGGUUUUAAAGAUUUAUAAAUACCAAUAAGUAAUUAGAGUCAUUUUGGUUUUUUUAAAGUAAGGAAUAUCCUUGAUUGAACAACUGAAUAAGAAAAACUGCUUCAUUCAUGUGCUGAUUAAGGUGGUCUCAAUGGUUACUAUAUUUGGCCUAUUUAGCGAGGUUUCAAUUUGCGAGUAUUUAUUGUUAGUUUCAAUUUUCUUAUAUAUCACUAUUUCAAUUGUACAUACCAUAAGAUUGAAGUACAUUAUGACUCAGAAUCAGGCAAAUAUCAUAACACUUUAGAUUUCAUUAAAUUUGAGUAAUUCUUAAGAAAAUUAGAUUUUCGUUUAAAUUUCCUUCAAGUUACAUAAGUGUUCAAAGUGUAAGCAACCUUAGGAUAUGAUUUAAUGUUUAUUCAAAAGUAUAGUCAGAUAAACAUCCCAAAUAACGUACAUCAUUAAAUUUUGCUAUUUUCUAUCAGAAAAGUAUCCGAUUAAAUCAUUAAUAAAAUUAUUGGAAAUUCAAACCAAUAAUUUGUAUUUCCUUGGAACCACUUAAAAUUUAAUCAAAUACUUGAGAUAAUAAAGUGACUUAUUACUAGAAUUGUCACAAAAAGAUGUAUACUCUAAGAAAAAGGAGAAUAUCUCUAAACAAUUACGUGCUCAAACAAUUUAUGAGUGCUACUUCUCAUCCUAAGAAAUUUUCCCCAGUUUCGAAAGAGUCAUCAUUUCAAAGAUCAACUUUUAUAAUCAUUUAAUCAAAGGAUAUGACAGCGUUAACACCUACAUUAAUGAAGCUUUGGCCCUUUCUUAAAAUAUUAUUAAAUGUAAGUAGUUAAUGAACCAAAAAUAUGAUAUGAUUAAUGAGACUCUUAAAAAUUCCAGUAUCUCUGAAACAUUAAGUAUGAGAAUUAUACAAAUAUACCAUUCGGCUAUAUACAAUAAUUAAUAUCUGUCAUUUUAAAUAGAAAAGAAAGUCGAAGAACAUUUGAAAAAUGAGAGAUUUCGAUAAGAUGAACCAUUAAGUAGCAUAUAACUAAUUCAAAAUAGAGUAUUUAUAUUUUAAUCAAGCUUAAUCAAAAAUAGAGGAGAAUUCAUUAAUUUAGAUACAAAGAAGUUGUCCUCCUUCUUGGAAGAAAAGGAAGAAGAACUUAAAUAUGUAAAACAUUGUUCCUAGUUAAUGCCAUUAUUUUUAUCAGAUAUCCAUGACGAACUCAUAGAUAAAUAUAUAAUAAAUGGCUACACACAGACUCAAAAGUAGAGUCGAAAAACCUUCAUUCUGACUUAUGAGGGGUAUGUAGAGCCUUGUGUUUUCAAUAUUUAUCCCCAUUUUGAUAUUGACAAUAAUGAUUUCAUCAUGAAUGUUAUUAUGAGUAAGAUGUAAUAACACGAAAUGAUAUUAUUUGGAGUUGAUGGAUCGAUCAAUGGGUUAACUAAAUAGUUUUAUGAAAUUGCUGCAAAAUCUAAUUAUCACUUUAUGAAAAUCUUUAGAAACGAUAAAACAAUUUCAAAAGAUUAAUCAAGCAUUAAAUCAUUUUUAGAAAAAAAACCUUUAAUUCAAUACUAUAUUCCAAAUAUUAUGUUUUAGAUUGAUUAAUUGGCAAAAUAGUAUUAAAAAACUAAAUCCUAUUAAUUAACUAAUUUAAAAUCUACUUGGGUCAUUCCAAAUAAUCAUUAGCAAUGUUUGAUCUCAACCCAAAACAUAUUGGAACCUUUUAAAGUCCAAAAUUCUUAUUAUGAGAGAUCCUAUAAAAAAAGAAAUCCUUAAAUGUCAAUUUUUAAAUCAAGAUUUGAUGCAAGUAGGAGUCGUUAAACAUUCUAUGAUGCGCAACUUGUCGAGUCGAAUGAUAAAGAAAUUGAUGGAAUUCCAAUCAUUCUACUUUAGCCCUAUUUAUAAUCUUAACUAAUUGAUAUUGUAGAUUUUGGAGAUGUCUCAAAGUCCUAAUUUUAAUUAGCACUCUAAUAUGACUUACAAUUUAAUACUUUUGAACUUCCGAAAAAAAAAAUUGGCUAUUUUGUGUUGACGUUCACAGAUUUUAAAGUCUUAUCAACUCAAUCCAUUUUUUCUGGUCCUGCUCCUAAUGAAUAAAACCUAAUGUCUGGAUUGUUUGAAGAUAAAAUAUGCUAAAAUCCAAUAUUGGCUCAAAGUAUGAAUUGCACAAACAAAUAAGAGCAAUAACCCAACAAAUAGGAGCAAUAUGAUAUUAUUAGUGAAGCAAGACAGGAAUAUAAGGCAGUAAGUGAUACGCGUGAAGUUUAAAAGGAUAAUGAGUAUUUAAAUUUUAGUAGUGCCAAUUAAAGUUUUGAAUAGCAUUUGAUUAAAAAUUAGAUUCUUUAAAAAUCCUCCGAAACACAAGGUCAAUUCGAUACAUAUAGAACACAAUUAGGACCAUUAAUAUUGAAAUCUAAGUUUUCUGAAAAUUAUAACAUAGAAGAUAUUGAUUUAAAUGAUCAUAAUGAAUAGUUGAAAAAAUAGAAACCUUCUAAAACAGACCUACAAGUCAGCAAAAAACAAGAUGAGAAAAGUAAGACUAAGUCUCAUUUAAAAGAAUUUUUUUCUAGUAAAAAAGAAGAAAAUAAUGAUUUUGCAUCCAAUCGUUCAAGAUCAUCUGUUUGUUCAACUUAAAGGGAAACUUAGUUUUUGGUUGAAUAACUUUAUUCCAAAACUUAACUUAUUUUGCCUUUGUAAAAAAUUGUAAUAAUUUUGGUGAUGAUUAUUAUCUGUAUAAUAGUAACUUCAUUGACAGAUUACUUAGUGGUUGUACAAAAUCUAGACUAAUAGACAACUGGAGUGAUGAACUUAUUAGAACCAUAAAACAUUACUUAUUUUUAUACUUCUGUUAUUUAUCAACUUUUGUCAAACCAUUUACAAUCAGAAAAUCUUUUCAAGCUCAGUUAAUUUUAGGAAACUAGAAAUUUAGAAACUGUUGAUAAUAUGUUCUAGAAUGCAAGAAUAUAUUUAAGAACUCUUAAUGUAAAAGUUCCAAAAUUAGCUUAAGAUUAAGGAAUAGAAAAUUUUGAAAUCAAAUAAGUAACAAAUAAUAUCCUGAGUACUUAUAAUGUGAGCGUUGAAGAUUUUUACUUUAUGCUAAAUGAAGUUGUUGAGUCUGCUUAUAGGGGGAACUUGAAUUCUCCAGAUCCACAUUAUGAAGAAUUAUUCACAUCCGGGUUUUUGAGAUUAAAUAUCUUGUAUGUGGCUAAGGAAAUUGAUAGCUUAGUAGUUUAAAUUAUUGAAGAUACUAUUUCCUCCUAAGAAUAAAUACUAGCAAAUUUUCAGAGCUUGAUACUCAUAGAACUAUUCCUUAUAUUACUUUUAAUUUUGACACAAUUAAAAUAUUGGAUAUUCAUUGAUAAAUUACAAAAGUCCAUCCUAUUUCUAGUUUCUCAUUUAAAUGAAAAUUAAGCAAUAGAGUAAAUUGUUAAGUUGAUGGCUGUCAAAUCAAUUAUUGACUUAAAAAAUCCUUAAAAUUGGAAAAUCGAGAACUUCUCUUAGAUAAUGAUGGAUAAUGAAGGGAAGAAGAAGAAUAAGCAAAAGUAAACUGAAUCCUUUGGCAAACCAAAUAGCUCUGAAUCUUCUCUAACUUCAAGAAUUUAAAAAACCAAACACGUAACAAAGAUUAAUUAUAUUAUUAUCUUAUUGAUUAUUGUUAUCUGGAUUGCAUAUAUACUAACUAGUUAUGUAUUGUUUGUCAAAAAUAAUGGCGACUUUUAACCAUCCCUGUAUGCAACUCUGAGAUAUGGAUAAUUCAGAAUCAAAAUGGAUAUUGUAACUCUUUUUGGAGGUCUGAUAAAAACAGACAAUUUAAUACCAGAAAAUAAUUUAUCUUUUAUAAACUAAACUGAGACUAUAAUUUUAUUUAAAGACUGUAAGGACUCAAUGUUAUCAAUGAUAAACGAAAUUUCAACGACCAUCUUAGAGAAUGCAUAAAAAAAUAACUAAGUGAGUCCAUUUGAUGGUUUUUUGAAUGAUGACAUUUGUCAAAUUAAGCCUUGGGAAGAGAUUAAGGCUUGUGAUCCUUCCAAAUAAAACCUGCCUUAUUCUAGUAAAGAUUCUGUGCACAAUCUAAUUUUAAAUGGUAUCUUGGGUUACACAGCCUCAUUAGUAAAAUACAUAGAUUAAGAUUAUAAUUGGGAAUUGAAUUCCCUUUCAUAUAGUAACUAAGAUGAAAAUAUGGCUGCGAUUUAAAGUCAAGCCUUUUAAAAUUAUUUUCUCUCCUAUUUUUGCGAUACAUAAGACACUUUCUUAGAUUUCUUGACUCUAUUUAAAAUUGAUAACACUAGCAUCGCACAUAGCAUUAUAAACUUAAUGGAAAUCUACUAUUUAGUAUUAGGAUUUUUCUACUUCUUUUUUAUGAUAAUUCUAUCCUCAAUUUGGGUAUUCUGGGAAUAAAAAAAAAUGAUGUCCCUUAGGUAAAUGUUGGUGCUCAUUCCUCAAGACGUAUUGUAAAACCAAAAUAUGAAAAAUAGACUUAAAAUAAUAUUUGAAUGGUUGUAUUGA